UUUUCGUUUGUUUUGAGUGAAUUUUGUUGUUCUGUUAUUUUUUUUGAGUUUUUUCCUGAAAACAUUUCUUUUGUUAAGAUGCUUGAAUUGCAUCCAAAAUCAUCAUCCGCAUCUACAUCAUCAUCGUCAUUGUCAUUAUCAUCACCACCACAUUCAUUAUCAUCAUCACCAUCACCAUCGUCAUUAUUACGUUCAUCAUCAUCAUCAUCAAAUUCUUCUAGUCCAAUUAGUCAAUCAUAUCCGACAAUAACAACUGAUAAUUUUAUUAAUCGAUUACAACAACAACAACAACAAUCGCAGUUACCGUUAUCCUCACAGUUGCCGCAUCAACAACAAUUUAAUUCAGCAACAUUAUUUUCAAUGAAACAUUUAAAUACUGCAGCAGCAGCAGCAGCGGUAGCUGCCGCUACUGCUUCUGUUGUUAAUGGCCAACAAACAAAACAUUCCGCAUCGCAACAACAACAACAGCCUCAAUUUCUCAAUACGACAAUUUCAAAUAUAAAUUAUCAUCCAAAUUCGCAUCAACAUCAACAUUCAUUGAAUAAUUUUCUUAAUUCACAAGCAUCGACAGCAGCAACAACAACAAUGUCUGAUUUAUCAAAAUUAACAUUAACAACAACAAAUCAAUUGAUUGAUACCGGUAGUGGUAUUAGUGGGAGUGGUAUUUAUCAUCCACACCCACAGAAUCCACUAAUAAAUUCUCAUCAUUCAUCAUUAUCCGAUGAUCAAUCGGUAAUUAAUCUGACAACAACAACAGCAACAACAACUUUAUCAACAACGACAACAUCAUCAUCUUCUGUAUCAUCAUCAUCAUCGUCAUCAUCAUCAACAUCGGGAACAUCACAUUUUAUUAAUGAUAUUCUUAAUAGGCCAGCUAAUUUAAUUGCAAAUAAUUUAACAACAACGGCAACAACUGCCGCAACAACAACAAUCACCGCUGCAACAGCAGCAAUAUCAUCAACAAAUUUACCUGGAACAACAACUUUGUCCAAUUCAUUAAAUCAUCAUCAAAAAUUUUCAUCAUUAUCAGUAGCUAAUAAUGCUGUUUGUUUUAAUGCAGCAGCAGCAGCGGCUGCGGCAGCUGCCGCUGCAGCCGCUGCUGCAAAUGGUUUUGGAAGCGGUGUUGUUAGCGGUGGUAAAAUUAAUGAUACAUUAUCUCAACAUCAUCAUCAUGGUGGUGGUGGUGGUGGUCGUCAUAUUUAUUGGCCAACAGCAGCAACAGCAAUGGUACAGAAUACAAAUCUAUGGCGGGAACGUUUUGCUAAUGCAGUAUCACAAUCAUGUCAUCAUGAUAAAGAUGGUAAAAAGAAACAUACAAGGCCAACAUUUUCUGGUCAUCAGAUUUAUGUUUUGGAAAAAACAUUUGAACAAACCAAAUAUUUAGCCGGCCCGGAACGUGCUAAAUUAGCCUAUGCAUUAGGAAUGUCGGAAAGUCAGGUUAAGGUUUGGUUUCAAAAUCGUCGAACAAAAUGGAGAAAAAGACAUGCAGCGGAAUUAGCAACAGCAAAGAAAAAAAAUGCAGCCAAUAUUGCAGCACAGAAUGGACGUCAUAAUAAUCAACAUCAUAAUCAUCAUCAACAACAAGAAUUAUCAUCAUCAACACAAGAUGAUGACGAUGAUGAUGAUGAAGAGAAUUAUUCAUCUGAUAACAAUGAUGACGAUGAUGAUGAAAUUAUUGAAACAAAUAAUAAAAUGCUCAAAACAACAACAACAUCGAAUGGUAAACGACAAAGUUUUUUUGUUCCCGGUUGAAAAUCGAUUGUGAAGAAACAAUCGAUAGUUUUUUCAUCGAUAGCAUCCAAAUAAUUCGUGUGCAAUAAA